GCAGUCGUCAGAUGUGAAAAAGCUUCGCAUUGCUCACACACACCUAAACUGAAUAGAAGAAAUGGCUGCAGCUGAAAUCCCCAGCGUGAAGCUAUUGGAUGGCACUUCAAUUCCUGUUCUUGGCUUGGGAACCUGGGAGUCGAAGCCCGGUGAAGUGAAAACUGCUGUUGAUGCUGCGAUUUCUGCUGGUUACCGGCACAUUGACUGCUCCCCGACGUAUGGAAAUGAAGCAGAGGUGGGUGAUGCGAUUGCGGCCAAAAUUAAAGACGGCUCUGUCACCAGAGACCAGAUGUAUAUCGUCAGUAAGUUGUGGCAAACUUAUCACGAGCCAGACGAUGUCGAGGAAGGGCUGAGAGCCACCCUCAAGAACCUUCAGGUGGAAUACUUAGACUUGUAUUUGAUGCACUUUCCAAUUGGAUUCAAACAACAAUCUGGACUUGUACCUGCUCAUGAUGCAAACAACCAGAUUAUCACAACUGACAGGGAUUACCUUGAUACCUGGAAAGCGAUGGAAAAGUUGGUGGAAAAGAAAUUAGUUCGCUCAAUUGGAGUAUCUAAUUUUAACGAAGAGCAGGUAGAUCGCAUCUUGGCGAACUGCACCAUCAAACCGGUCACAAAUCAAGUCGAGUGUCACCCGUAUUUUAAUCAAAAGUCUCUUUCGGAGCACUGCGCAAAGCGGGGUGUAAUUGUGACAGGCUACAGUCCAUUCGCGAGACCAAGCAGGUCGUGGGUAGGUCCUGACGAGCCAAUUCUGCUUGAAGAUCCUGCACUGGUGGCUAUUGCCAAAAAAUACAACAAAACAGUGGCCAACAUCUUGCUCCGCUAUCAAAUCGAUUGCGGUCACAUAACCAUUCCAAAGACGGUUUCGCCAGAGAGGAUGAAACAGAACAAACAAAUUUUCGACUUCAAAUUGGACCCAAGUGACAUUUCAGAAAUUGAGAAGUUGAACAGACCUGAUGGUCGCAUAUAUCGACUAGCCCUGCUGUCUUUCUGCAAAAACCAUAAAUACUAUCCUUUUUAGAGCUUCUGUGGUGAGGGCAAUCACCGGAAUAGAAGUGACAAUAAGUUGACGAAAAUUUGUGGCCAGUAGUUGCAUCCUUAAUAUUAAAUGUGAGGUGUGCGAAAA